AUGUUGUCCAGCACAUUGCGUACUGUUGCGCGGUCCAGCUGUAAACAGAGCCCGACCCAUCGAUUGGCGUCUCGAGUUGCCCGCCGUUCAUAUGCCUCCGUCACCGAUCUGAACAACUUCCCCAAGACCGGCGAACAUAUCCACGGCUUCACGCUCAAACGCGCACAACAUGUACCCGAACUAGAACUCUCCGCGCUGCACUUUCGGCAUGAAAAGACGGGCGCAGACUACCUCCAUGUGGCGAGAGACGAUACAAACAAUGUCUUUAGCAUAGGCUUCAAGACAAAUCCACCAGACGCCACUGGUGUUCCGCAUAUCCUCGAGCAUGUCACACUAUGUGGCUCGCAGAAGUACCCGGUUCGGGAUCCCUUCUUCAAAAUGCUUCCCCGAUCACUGCAGAACUUUAUGAAUGCUUUUACCAGCUCUGACUACACCAUGUAUCCCUUUGCCACCACAAAUUCCCAAGAUUUCAAGAACCUGAUGGAUGUCUAUCUCGAUGCUACACUGAACCCUCUUCUGAAGAAGUCCGACUUUGUCCAGGAGGGAUGGAGAAUUGGCCCAGAGAACCCAAAAGCUUCUGCAGCGGAAAGUGGUGCCAGCGAUUUGGUCUUCAAGGGUGUCGUCUACAACGAGAUGAAGGGACAAAUGUCGGAUGCGACAUACCUGUAUUACAUUAGGUUCAUGGAGCACAUGAUUCCAGCGUUGAACAACAGCGGAGGCGAUCCCCAGAAGAUGACCGACCUCACCUAUGACCAGUUGAAGAACUUCCAUCAAGGCCAUUACCACCCAAGCAACAGCAAGAUCCUUACCUAUGGAAACCAGCCCGUGGACGAGCAUCUGCGUUUGCUCGGCGAGCAGCUAUCUCGGUUUGACAAGGCAGAUGUUGAUCGGGAUGUCAAGGCUCCCAUCGCGCUGAACAAUGGCCCACAAAGUGUGACUGUUAGCGGACCAGUGGAUCCUUUGACUCCUCCUGGCGCUCAAUACAAGACGUCAACAACUUGGCUGAUGGGAGACGCGAAUGACAUUGCAGAGUCAUUUGCCCUCCGCAUUGCUACUACACUCCUCCUCGAUGGCUAUGGCUCCCCAAUGUACAGCGCAUUGAUCGAGUCUGGCCUCGGUACUGAUUUCACUCCCAACACGGGUUACGACACUUCCGGACGGACAGGAAUCUUUUCCAUCGGGCUCAAUGGCGUGACCGAGGAGAAUGUCCCGAAAGUGAGGGAAGUCGUCGCGGCCACACUUGCAGAGACCAUCGCCAAGGGCUUGGACAAGCGCAAGGUUGAAGGUCUGCUCCAUCAAUCAGAGCUGGGAUUGAAGCAUAAGACCGCUUCAUUCGGCAUGAAUUUGAUCCAACGACUGAAGCCCGGCUGGUUCAACGGCAUUGAUCCAUUCGACGCCCUGGCGUGGAACAGCAUCAUGACUCAAUUCAAGGCCGACUUCGCCCAGGAGGGAUAUCUCGAGGGGUUGUUGAAGAAGUACCUCCUGGUGGACAACACACUGACGUUCACCAUGGUGCCGAGCUCCACCUUUGCUGCCGAGCUCGCAUCUGAAGAGGCGGACCGGCUGAAGACCAAGAUCUCCGAGGCAGUCAAAAGCUACCCGAGCGAAGAGGAAGCUUACAAGCAACUUCGUGAUCGUGAGUUGGAGCUUGUUGCAGAACAAGAUGCCGGUCAGACCGAGUCGCUAGACAUUCUGCCAACUCUUCACGUCUCUGACAUUCCUCGUGAACAAAAUCACACUGAAAUCAGAGACAGCUCCGUCGACCACGCAAAGGUGCAAUGGAGAGAAACUGCAACAAAUGGAUUGACGUAUUUCCGGGCUCUCUCUCUAUUCAAGGACUUGCCAGAUGAGUUGCGCAUGCUGGUUCCUUUAUUCUGCGACAGCUUGAUGCGGAUCGGUACCAAGGACAAGUCGAUGGGCGAAAUUGAAGAUUUGAUCAAGCUGAAGACCGGUGGCAUCUCAUUCGGACACCAUGCCACAACGUCGCCUUACGACAUCAACAAGGCUGAGGAGGGUCUUGCGAUCACUGGAUUCGCUUUUGAUAAUAAUAUCCCCGCAAUGUACGAAUUGAUCGAGACUGUUCUCCUUGGAACCGACUUCGAUUCUGCCAACGCACAUCGCAUGGUCCGACAACUCCUCCAAACAGCCGCGAGCGGUGCCGUGGAUGGUAUCGCGGAAAGUGGUCACAUGUAUGCCAUGAGAUAUGCCAACGCUGGCGUAUCACCUCACGGCCGCAUCAGUGAACAGAUUGGCGGAAUCUCACAGAUCAAGCUCAUUACCAGUCUAGCGGCCGCGGAAGAAGACGCCGCAACGAUGCAAGAACUCAUCAACAAGUUGAAGGCGAUCCAAAGUCUGGCAGUGUCUAACAUGCGCAACGGGAUGCGGGUGGCUCUCACUUGUGGUCAGGACGCUGUAGGUCCAAAUGAGGCGGCGCUCCAAAAGUUCAUCUCCUCCACCUCCAACGCCAACCUUGUGGGAUCACAGAUGACCUUCUCCGACUCGCCGGCUCACGACUACAAGGCCUCUCGGCGUACCUUCUUCAACCUGCCUUACCAGGUCUCCUAYUCCGCUCUCUUGUUACCAACAGGACCAUACACCGAUGCUUCCUCGGCACCAAUCGCAAUUCUUGCCAAACUUUUAACACACAAAUAUCUCCACCAUGAGAUUCGUGAAAAGGGCGGAGCCUAUGGUGGUGGAGCCCUSUCGCGAGGCCUCACUGGCGUCUUCGGCAUGUACAGCUACCGUGAUCCCAACCCUGACAACACACUCCAGAUCUACCACAAUGCUGCACGAUUCGCAGCGGAGAGGAAAUGGACAGAUCGAGAGCUGGAGGAAGCCAAAUUGAGCGUCUUUCAGGGUCUUGAUGCUCCGGUCAGCGUCAAUCAGGAAGGUAUGGUGAGGUUUGUGAGCGGGGUGGAUAGCGACAUGGAGCAGAAGAGGAGGGAGUGGUUGUUGGACGUUGAUGCUGGGAAUGUGAGAGAAGCGGCAGAAAAGCUGGUGGGAGAUGUUGAGAACAAGUCAUAUCUGGCAGUGUUGGGGAGCGCGGAGAAGAAGGCUUUCUUGAAAGAGGGCAAAGAGUGGAAGGUCGAAGACAUGGGAAUGGCGGCGUGA